ACUGGUAGAACGCUUGCUACACAUACCGAUAGAGUCGCCUCCGGAUAUGGCAUCGUUCUCCAUUGACGAGGGCUUGUCGUUUGGGACCAUUGAGGAACUGCUUCAGUACUAUCACCACAACAACCUCAGCUCAUCCGUACCACUACCGCUCAAGGCUCCUGUAGGCGAGCCUAAGAUCGCCUUGCGCGCUGGGGAAGAGGCGGAGGUUGAUGGGUAUCUGGUGAUGGCACUAUCCCCAGUGCAUCUGUUCCUGUGCUGCUGUUGGCGUCUGUCGGCCAUUCUCAGACCAGUUUUUCUGGUAGAAGAUGCGAUAGAGAUUGACGGGUACACAUCUGGUAAUGGCGCGUCGUUAUCCGAAUCAGUUGUUAGAAGUCAACAACGAGAUAAGAACGGUGUAGCUGUGCUUGAUGACAGUGAAGCAGACCCCUAUGCGCCUGGGUGA